UUUGACAAUCACCAUAGCAACUCCAACUCAAUAAAUUAUUACAGUACCGUACUUCUACUCGCAGUCAGUUUAGACCUGUGCAUUCAGUAAACAGUAUUAAUUGAAAAUUGGGAACAAAAUUUAUUCUUCUGAAUCUUUUUCCUAGGCUAUCGACUUCUCCAAAAUUUUCUAAAUCAAGAAUGGAAUCAGAAAAUUUUGUGCCCAACCUUGUUGGACUUCCUCCACCAUCAUUCCGGUUUACAAUGAAUCAGUGGCACUCAAAAAACAGCAACGAAUACAAAUCGGCCGAAACCCAACACCAAAUGUCCGAGAAAAUAAUCAGCGAAUCAGAGCGCACUAUAGAGGAUGCGCAGGAGCGCGUGGUCAAAAACAAAAAUGAAGUCGAUCAUCAGUUAUCCGUUAAGCUUUUCGAUAUUGAAUUUCAAAAAAAGCAACUGGAAACUCAGAAGAAACUAGUUGACUUGGAAAUUGAAGCACUGCUCACUUACAAAGAGAGAAUUGAAGAUGCACAAAAAGCUUUGAGUAAGAAUGCUGAAUGCAUUUGCCGCAAAUGUAUUGUUCUUAGAGAAGGCCGUUUAGGAAUCGAUAUGUGUGUGGAUAAAGUAGAAAUUGAACUGAAGAAGGAGUUGAAACUCAUUGAAAGUACACAUGUCAUGCUGAACAAAUGCAUGGAGGAAUUGAAAGAGCAAGUGAGAAAGCUGCGUGCAUUGAACUACAUACUGAUGAGCGAUAUUAAGGAUAAAAUCAACUGCCUAUCAAUAGACAAGCAUAAUGCUACACUCAAACAGACAAGCCUCAAUCUGUCCUUAUACUGCGGCAACGAGAAACUAUAUCCUGCAAAAAUCACUGUAGAUGAAUGGGAAGCUUUUACACAAAGAAAUAUUGAUGAUGCAGCAAAAGAGCUGAAAGCAGGGAGACCGAUCCGAUCCUACAUCGAUAUGCUGUUGAAACAAGUCAUUGAAGAUCUGUGGAAACAGUAUAAUGUGGUCAAUGAUGCCUUCAGACAACGAAUAAGCGAAUAUAAGGAGGCCAAAAUCAAAUUAGAGAAUCAGCAUUGUGAGACGGUCCGUCAAGCGCAUGCCAUGAUGGGAAAUAUCACUCAGCUUGAAAAAGCAAUAGCUGACAAGGAAGGCUUCAUGGCGCUUGCACACACACGACUGGGAAAUCGUUGUCAAAGACCAGGCAUAGAAUUGUGCAGUGAUGAUGUUGAGAGCAAACUGAUGGAGGAGGUUUCUGACAUCACCAAACUUUUGAAAAACCUUCAACAGAUGCUGGCUGAGUCUCAAGCAUCUCUGCGUUACUUGCUGAGCACACAGGUGAAGCUGGAAGAAGACAUCAAUUUGAAAACAAAUUCACUGAAAAUCGAUGAAGUCGACUGUAUGACCCUCAGACUUGGAAUGGAUUAUCAUUCAUAUUGAAUGAUACAUUACUUGAAAAAUAUAUGGCGAUUGGAAAAUCUACAUGGAUAUUGACAGGAAAUUGAAUAACUGGAAUUAUUGAGAAACAAUAGAUAUAUGUUCACCAGUAUUGUAUUGAUGAAAGCUUGAAAUUUAUAAUUUGGUAGGGAGUUCUGAAGUUUUGCCUUCGUUCCAUAAAGAACUUCUACCGUGGGAAACUUCUUUUGCAAUUGAUUUGAUUGAACUCAGUGUGGAAUUUGAAAUCAAAUAAAUUUUAGCAUGUAAAUUUGUAGUCUCAGAUCAUUCAUGAAAAUCAUAUAAUAUGACUGUGGAAUUCAAUAAGAAAAACGAAAUUGAAUGCAAUUUUUUUAAAUGUUGUAUUAUACUCAUUUAAUACGUUCAUUACUAUACGUUAUGUCACCUAAUUGACUUGAAUGGAUUAUAUAUCAAUUAUAUAUUGAAUUAUGGUAAAUUUCCAAUGUACUUACAUCAAUUACAUUUGUGUUCAAUAGUUACGUUCAUCCAAUUCCACUCAUAACGUUUCAAUCGGAUCUCAAAUAAAAUUCAACCUAGGGUUUUUUUACUUCGAAUAUUUACAAAAACAAGAGUAUAUAUAUGCCGCCUGAAGUAAAGGGGUGCAAGGAAUUGAUUUGAACCAGAUCCUUUUGGCUCUUGAAGGAUUUAAAAAUUAUUUCUUACAUUGUGCUACAAUAAAAAUAUGGAACUGAA